GUGAAAAAGCUCGAAAUUCGCAGGUUGACAAAGGCCCGUCGGUUUGACCAGCAGUGGGAUCAUCGCGAGACGAAAGGCAACACCGUUUCGACCUUACGCCACUCUUUUCUGGCGUCAAGUUUGCAUUUGGUUUCUCUGCCGGUCGAAUAUUUCCUGGCUCCCAUCAUGACUUGGUUACGCUGGGUGCCGUCCUCAAAAACUCAACUCGUUGAUGCAGAGCGAAGAGUUCUCGCAUUGCCAGAAAAACCAUGUGAAGUUCUGGAUGUUGAGAUCGGUAGCGUGGGUGAUGUUGAAAACUGCAAAAUUCACACCAUAAAGGUCAAGUCGAAUGAAGAAACUACAAAUUCACCCCUCGUCAUGAUACAUGGCUUCGGGUGUGGAGGCGGUAUCUUCGCGCCAAACUUGGACGUUCUCUCAGAGAAACGCGAUGUCUACACGAUCGAUAUGGUCGGCUUCGGAAUGAGCUCACGUGCAAAACUCAGCACAGAUGCCAUGGAAGCAGAGAAAGAAAUGGUCGAAUCGAUUGAAAUGUGGAGACAGAAAAUGAACCUUGACCGCAUGGUGCUCCUGGGACAUUCUCUCGGCGGCUUCGUAUCUUCAGCGUACGCGCUCCGACAUCCUUCGAGGAUCAGACAUCUGAUUCUGGAAGAUCCAUGGGGAUACGCCGAGUACGACCCAGACAGGAGGAGCAAGCUCCCGCUGUGGGCCCGGACUAUUCUCGGGAUGUUAUCACACUUGAACGCCUUUUCGAGUGUUCGCGCUGCAGGACCGUAUGGUUUCGGCAUGAUGAAAAAAUCAAUAAACCGUCGGCACCCGUACAUGUCUGACUAUUUCCCCGAGGCUCCCGAUACGAUGAUCGAAUAUCUGUAUCACUGCAACAUGAGGCGGCCCACAGGUGAAGAGUUCUUCCGCAAUAUAUGUGAGAGAUUCGGUUUCACCAAGUAUCCCCUCGUCAAUCGGAUGCAUGAGCUAUCCAAGGAGACGAAAAUGACCUUCAUCCACGGCUCCGAAACAUUCAUCCCGAGAACGCCAAGUUCGAAGGUUCAGAACCAACGGGGAGAGGAUAAUACGAAGAUAUACGUCAUCGAAGGAGCGGGCCACACCAUCCAUCUCGAGAAGCCUCUUGAAUUCAACAAGGUUGUUUUAGGAGCCCUCUCUGAGAUAGGGGAGAAUUGAAGAAGUGCGAUCUCGAUCGCGAAAUCAAGCGUAGUUCUUCAGGAACUGUAGCUCCGAUCUGUGAUGCCUCCGUGAUGGAACAGAAUUGUAGGUGAACUUCCGCCACGGGCGGAAUCCUGGAAUGGGUCUCUUGAGACCGAUUGUUCUUCUUUCGCACCGCUCGAUAUUGACGGCGCAUCGAGCGAUCUCCGGGACGGGGAGCAAUAUUUGAGCCCUGUUUGUAGACUUGACACUGCAGAAUAAAGGAACGAUCUUUCACAAUGUCAUGAUGAU